GGGAGGAGGGGGGGGGCGCUGGAAGGCAUUCACUGGUAGCGAGAGCUGUGUGUCUGACACAGCAGAGCACGUCGUCGUGGAGCUUGGAAUAUCUCCGUGUUGCUAGUAGUGGCAUUGAUUUCCCUUUGUCCUAACUAGCGGCGGGACUCUUAGUCAAUGGGCCUUCUUUCUACGUCUUAAAGAAAUACGCAGUUAUCUUCACGCGCCAUCUGUCACGCGCCACAUUUUCUUUGUGUAGAGCUAGAGUGAACUAUUUGGUCUUUUCAUUCAACAAAAACUAAAAAUCCAUCUACCAGCUGUUCGAGGGAUUUCUUUAGGCAUUGUGUUCCACACCAAGAUUUCGUUCGGCUGUUGGGCAAGAAGUGGAGACUAUCUUUUCACGUGGAACUAAGAGAGACAACUGAUCUCAAGUUUUGUUCACGUGAAACUAAGAAAGAUAACUGAUCUCAUGUUUUGUUCACGUGGAACUAAGAGAGACAACUAAUCUCAUGUUUUUUUCACGUGGAACUAAGAGAGACAACUGAUCUCAUGUUUUUUUCACGUGGAACUAAGAGAGACAACUGAUCUCAUGUUUUUUUCACGUGGAACUAAGAGAGACAACUGAUCUCAUGUUUUUUUCACGUGGAACUAAGAGAGACAACUGAUCUCAUGUUUUUUUCACGUGGAACUAAGAGAGACAACUGAUCUCAUGGUUGUUCGUUUCUUUUAAAAAUGAAACACAAAACAAAAAAAAAGUAUUUCCAGUCAGACACAAACUUCAUCAGUCCAUGACAACCUCCAGUCAGACACAAACUUCAUCAGUCCAUGACAACCUCCAGUCAGACACAAACUUCAUCAGUCCAUGACAACCUCCAGUCAGAAACAAACUUCAUCAGUCCAUGACAACCUCCAGUCAGAAACAAACUUCAUCAGUCCAUGACAACCUCCAGUCAGAAACAAACUUCAUCAGUCCAUGACAACCUCCAGUCAGAAACAAACUUCAUCAGUCCAUGACAAUCUCCAGUCAGACACAAACUUCAUCAGUCCAUGACAACCUCCAGUCAGAAACAAACUUCAUCAGUCCAUGACAACCUCCAGUCAGACACAAACUUCAUCAGUCCAUGACAACCUCCAGUCAGACACAAACUUCAUCAGUCCAUGACAACCUUCAGUCAGAAACAAACUUCAUCAGUCCAUGACAAUCUCCAGUCAGAAACAAACUUCAUCAGUCCAUGACAAUCUCCAGUCAGAAACAAACUUCAUCAGUCCAUGACAAUCUCCAGUUAGAAACUAACUUCAUCAGUCCAUGACAAUCUCCAGUCAGACACAAACUUCAUCAGUCCAUGACAAUCUCCAGUCAGACACAAACUUCAUCAGUCCAUGACAACCUCCAGUCAGAAACUAACUUCAUCAGUCCAUGACAAUCUCCAGUCAGACACAAACUUCAUCAGUCCAUGACAAUCUCCAAUCAAAAACAAACUUCAUCAGUCCAUGACAAUCUCCAGUCAGACACAAACUUCAUCAGUUCAUGACAAUCUCCAGUCAGACACAAACUUCAUCAGUCCAUGACAACCUCCAGUCAGAAACUAACUUCAUCAGUCCAUGACAAUCUCCAGUCAGACACAAACUUCAUCAGUCAAUGACAAUCUCCAGUCAGACACAAACUUCAUCAGUCCAUGACAACCUCCAGUCAGAAACUAACUUCAUCAGUCCAUGACAAUCUCCAGUCAGACACAAACUUCAUCAGUCCAUGACAAUCUCCAGUCAAAAACAAACUUCAUCAGUUCAUGACAACCUCCAGUCAGAAACUAACUUCAUCAGUCCACGACAAUCUCCAGUCAGACACAAACUUCAUCAGUCCAUGACAAUCUGCAGUCAAAAACAAACUUCAUCAGUCCAUGACAACCUCCAGUCAGAAACAAACUUCAUCAGUCCAUGACAAUCUCCAGUCAAAAACAAACUUAAUCAGUCCAUGACAAUCUCCAGUCAGAAACAAAAUUAAUCAGCCCAGGACUUGUCGCUGAAUAUCCAAACAUUGAACAAUGAAGCUGCGUGACCUUUUGGCCCAUUCAUUGCCACGAGUCAGAAAUAAAAAAAAGAAAACGACUCCUGUCCCGGACAGAACUGCUAUUCAGUUCAAGCCAAAUGUCGAUUCUUUUUGGUUGACCAGUUCAACAACUGAAUCGAAAGAUGCUUCUGAAAUCACGGAGGCUAGCUGGCAUGGUAAUGCCCUAUACAAAGGCCUUGACUCCGCCAGAAGUGUUGACUUUGAUGCAUACACCAGCGGUAUCGUGACGUCGCAGAGUGCGGAAGGUUUUUCAACUCAAUUAAUCGCGCUAGGAAAUCACUCUCGGAUGGCUGUCUCAGAUUUUAACACUUCGUCCUCAAACUUGUUCUCACACAUGUCCUCACAUAUACCCUCACACAUGUCCACACAUAUACCCUCACACAUGUCCUCCAUUUCAAACACAGCAGCAGCAGAGCCGUACACCUCAACUUAUUGUCACUACCACCGGCAUGAGCACCACUAUCAGCACUAUGUUGCAGGCAAAUCAAUGACGUCAUGGACUCCUCCAGACAUGCAAGCUCGUGCUAUGCCCUUUCAAGCCAAGCGUAACGUGCACGCUUGUGUUAUGCCCUGUCAGGCAUCGGCCAAGCGAGACAUUGGUUUCUUUCAGAAGUCCUUCAGAUCUUUAAAAAAACACUGUGGCAAAGUCAGGACAGAGAUGACUGACAAUAAACCGAUGGGUCCUGAUGACCUUUCAUCACGUUGUGUCGUCUGUCACUUUCCUGACAGCCCCAUUGAUAGAAAGCUGACGGAAAGAAAACCAAACGUGAAGCCCAAAAGAAAGGGAGUGAAAGAAUCGUUCAAGACUCAGGAGAACAAAGAGGUUUCCAAUGCUAAGGGAGCUAAAUGCUGGUAUUCGGACAAUGAGGCAUCCCUAACUCCAGCUCACCAGGGCAGAUCUCUGUUUAGAGAGUCCUCCGUUGAAAGUUGCUCUUCACAACACUACUCUUGCUCAAGGGAUGGUUCCGCAGCCAGAGACUUCACAGGUUUCGACUCAGCCUCUCUCUCUGGAUACGAAUCUGAUUUCCCUAAAGUCCAUAGAUCUAGAUCGAGGAUAAAAACGAACCCUUGGCUUCCUUCGCCUCAACCUUCGGGAGGAAGACGCAGUGAACAUUUCAAUCUCAAUGACGUCACUGCAAGAACAUUUCACAGGUCAGCGUCUUUCGAGAUUCAGAAAGAAAAUUCAUUCUCGUCAACAAGGUCUUCUUGGACAGACUGUAACACUAACAAAGUCACACCAAGACACAGAUCUCUAACGCCAUUGGAUAUCAACGUGACAUUGGGAAUGGACAUUUCGAGAGUCCAGGCUAGACCUCCCAAGUUGAAUGACCUAAACGUAGACAAGUCCCCCAGACCAUCGUCCAUCGUGUCCCCAAACACUGAGUUCGUAAUGCUAGCCGACAACCUGGAACAGUUGGCUAGUAAUAUUAGCUUUGAGUACGAAGACAUGCUCGAUUCCACAUUAGAGAGCGUAUCAGUGUUGCAAGACGGUGGUCAAGCGUCCAUUCAGGACUUAUUAACCGACGAUCAAAUGGGAAAAUCUGUGAAAAAAAACAAUGUUCUCCCCUCGGACCAGUGCCUGCAAAGUGCCAACAGUCCAGACUCUGGAGUGGGUGGAUUGACCUCUAGUGACGCUGAGGAUGUAGGUAGGUCAACUAUUGGAACUGAAUCGAGACCUGCUGACAUUGUGUGCGUCACUUCCUCACUUAGCAAUAAAACUUGGCCCGCCAAUGAUUCUUUCCUUCAAGGUAUGCAAAUCGAUCUCAAUGUGACAGCUUUAAAUUCUAAAGAUGCACCUUUAGUCAAGAAAAAGUAUCCAACGAAAUUCAACUCUAGUAAACACAUCAAAUCAGAUGGCGAAAGCUCGGCCACAGUUUCUGAGUCGGAUGUUGACAACUCAACCUAUUCUACUGUUGAAGGACACAAACUAACCUUACCAACAUUACAAGAUCGGCCAAAAUGUAUUCAUUCAACUCUUAUGAUUGACGAGCGACUAGAUAUUCGUUACCCAAGCCACCAUCAAGGCGCCAAUCAUGCCAUGGGGUCUACACUCUUAAAGCAUCUUUCACCAAAGGUUCUCCAUGGAGUGACUACCAACAGAUACUCAGACCCAUCAAAGGUUCUCAAUAGAAUGAGUACCAACAGACAUUCAGACCCAAUUGUUGGCACCUGCUUGCGUCCAUCAAACUUAAACUCUAGACAUGCCCUAAAAAUCAAUGCGAUGGAAACAGCUGGCCACGUGACUGGCUGGACAGUACAUUUACCUAGAAAUAUUUCAACGUCAGAGUGCUCUCCAACUGAGAACUGGCAGUGUGACGUCACUGUGUCCAGUUGUAGCAGCACUGAAGCAUAUGAACAAAAUACAAAACUCAAAGAUCUGAUUAUAACAAUGAAGGAUACAAGAAACUAUUCCCAGGAAACUCUAGACUUGAAAUCAAACAGUCUGAUGGAGUCUGCGUUGGAGCAUAGCUUUGACAUGAGUGAUGCAAGUGUACAAACUGACUUUGAUGAGGAUUUUUCAAGAUGGGAGGUACUUGACUUUCUGGACAAUGUCCACGAAGAUGUCAUUGACCCAGUAGAAAGAACACGUCUGUGGCUUCUAACUGGCAAUAUGCAAGACUCGGCAGAUACUGGCUACUCGAGUUUAACCAGAGAGACUCAAAACGUAUUUGCUGGAGAAACACACGAACUUGUCCAACAGAAAACAGAAAGAAACUCUUGGACACAGUUGGUGCAUAGAAACUCGCCAACUCUUUUGUCUGAUGUAUCAAGUGACAACUCUUUUAUUUUGGAAAUUAAAAAAUAUGACCCAGGUUUAGAUGGAAACAAGAAAGUACUUCAAGUACCAAAUGCUCUGCACACAACUUCAAAAAAUACAUGUUCGACAAGAUUCAAAGCUCUUCCUGAAGAAACUGUCCAUCAAAUGUUCUCUGGGAUUGAACUUCAGUUUCAGGAAAUUUUCAAACAAAUUGAACAGCAUGAAAACAAUUGCCCACACAAAACAGAAUUAAAAGGAGCUAGAGAUGGUCAAGAUGAUCAUGACAAGUCUAAGGUCAUAACACCUAGAGAUGGUCAAGAUGAUCUUGACAAGCCAAAGGUCUGCACAGCUGGAGAUGAUCUUGAGCGCGAAUUGAAAUCAAAAUCUCUGACUGAUGCUGAAACUGGUGAAAAUAAAAACCACAGGUGUUUUCUACAGAGCGGCGAGUUAGGUCACGAUGACAUCUCUACUCUACAAGGAAUGAAAACUUUCCAGAAGACUCUAGCUAGCAAGCAGUUACCAAAUGAUGAACUUAAAGAAACCCUGACCGAGUUCUCUGUACUCCACAGAAAUACAUUAGAGACUCUAAGAGAUACAACCCACAGCGACAUUCAAACUAAUGACCAGUUACCAGCAGGACAGUCUCAAGACAAAGCCGACUAUCUGGCCUUUUUAAAAGACGUACCUCUUAGACGUCACCAGCUGAAACGUCCACUCUAUCUAGUACCUGGUGUAGGCCCGGUAGAUAUGUCCAACGCUGAACAGAUGAACAUGGUUUAUGAGAGACAUACAUCUCUUCCCGGGCCUUCCCUUUCGCCAACUGGCAAGCAUAAUGGGAAAAAGAUUAAGUUUAAAAAAGGUCAAGGUCAGAGAUCAGAGAGGAAUAGAAUACAAAGUCUUGAAAAUGCUGGCAUCGCAUUCCAAACUCGAGAUUUGAGCCUGAGCUCAUUACAUCCUCUCGGACAUCUGGACUCACCACAUCCUCUCGGACAUCUGGUCUCAGCACAUUCUGAUACUCCUCUUGGCUCAAUCCAUCCACAACUACAAACAGAGUGGUGGGUCUGAGCUAUUCAAAGGACAUCAAUAGUAACACGUUCAUCAACUUAUUGAUCUCGUGAUCUGAGCCUCUACUCUCCACCAGAUGCUAGAAAGUUAUGUCAGGAACAAAAAGCACUGACAUGUAUACAUGACACACUUCAAGCAUGAACAAUCUUGAGGCCAAACGGAUGUCGCUGCGCCAAGAAAAAGAACUCUUUGGUGUUUCUCGGAAUUCACGAAGGCUAAAACCAAACGCAGAAUGUAUACGGGGCGAGAGAAGUUCAAGUGUCUUAAUGAUCUCAGAACCCAACUGUAGGAACAGAGCCAAACUAAAUCUAGUCAGACAUAUAAAGCAGAAGUUGGUGAUAUAUUUUUUUUGCUUUGAAUUGUCAUUUGUGAUGUAAAAAAACAAAAACAUGAAUGUUUCCAAAUGGAACACUUAUAAACCCAAUGGUUUGGGGGAGAUGUUUUUGUCCAAUGUAUACAAUCUACCCGUUGUGUUUCUUUAUCACUAAACUUUCCAGUUCAUUUUCUUGUCAUGCAAUAUUUCAGUGGUGUAGCUAGGGUGGGGGGAGGGAUUACAAAUUUGAAAAUCCCUCCCGGGCCCCCCACUUGAAUGGUCCUCGAAAUGAGUGUCCGAAACUUGUUUUUUACAUUAAAUAUUACCCACUUAUUUCAUGUCAUGAUGUCGAAUGUCAAAAUGCAGGGGCCCUUAUAGAGGUAACCCCCCUUCCCCAAAUCCCUAUCUACACCUCUGCAAUAUUUCUUGCUAUUUCACACAUAGAUGUGUUGAGUCCACAGAUCUUGUUUUGUUUUAAAUUAAUUUUUAGUCAAUUAUUUCAUUUUAUAACUAUUAGAUUUCCAAUCCUCCAACAAAAGUUGUGACUCUAGUCUCUGACAUUUCUCUACAAACUUCGUUUGUUUACUUAGUGAACAGCCACAGUCUCUUACUCAAAAAUAAAAUGUUGUCAUCUUUGGGGGUGAGAGAUUCACACGGGCCUCCAUUUUUCUAAGAUCUUUAGUUUGAAGUCAACAUUGAAAAGUCUUCUGUAUUUAAGCAUAAAAACAAGUGGACUGGGUGAUUUCUUCUACACGAUGUGUGUGUGUGUGUAAGAACAUUACUUUGCUGUUUGUAUGUGUGCGGAAUCCUGUCCACAUUGCUUGGAUGUAUGUAAGUUUGUACUAAAAGUUUAGUUGAGUUAUCUCCUCGUGUCUACUUGUGAUAGACAUUUUUGUUAGGACACAGCUCUUUGUAUUUUGUUUGUGUACACAAUUCUAAAUGCUACAGGACAAUCAGUCGACUACAAGACUAGUGCAAGGACUCAUUAAAUGUUACAGGACAAUCAGUCGACUACAAGACUAGUGCAAGGACUCAUUAAAUGACACAGUACAAUUGCAUUUUUUUCCAAUGUAUAAUAAUUGAUUGAAUUGUAAUUUUCUUUCUGCUGUGAUUGUAUAAUCAAAUGAAUUUCAAGUAUUGUUGAUAUCUGUGAUUCUUUUAUAAAUGAUGAACCUAUUUUUCUUAUCUGUGAUGGAAUUAUAAAUUUGACUGAAUUGAACCAUUCAUGUUUCUGUUGAUAAAUAAUUGAUUGAGUUUAAUAAGUAACAUGGGUCUGGCUGUUAAAUGAAGAGUUGAGAGACCUCGUGAUAUGACAUGACAUGAUAUGACAUGACAGAACUCAUGAUAAAAGAGUUGAUAGACCUCAAAAUAAAAGAGUUGACAGACCUCAAAAUAAAAGAGUUGACAGACCUCAUGAUAAAAGAGUUGACAGACCUCAUGAUAAAAGAGUUGACAGACCUCAAAAUAAAAGAGUUGACAGACCUCACGAUAAAAGAGUUGACAGUCCUCAUGAUAAAAGAGUUGACAGACCUCAUGAUAAAAGAGUUGACAGACCUCAUGAUAAAAGAGUUGACAGACCUCAAAAUAAAAGAGUUGACAGACCUCAAAAUAAAAGAGUUGACAGACUUCAUGAUAAAAGAGUUGACAGGCCUCAUAAUAAAAGAGUUAACAGGCCUCAUGAUGACUAAGACUUUACUAAGUAGUUUGAGUUCAGACUGAAGAAAAAAAAAUUUACAAACCUACAUUUUUUUAUUGAUUCAUGUCUUGUCUACCCAAUCAAUAAUUGUCAAAGUUUAGACUUGAUCCGUGAAAGCGUGCCUGAGAAAACGUGUACAUACAGAUAGACAGACGGAGUUUAUAUCAGCUUUGCACAAAGAUCUUAAACUUAGACUAUCUAGGUUUGCAAUGUAAAACUUUUCCAAUGACACUAUAGCUCUGAAGUGUAGAGAUACUAGAAACAGGAAGACAUAUACAAGAACUGCAACAAUUAAACUGUUCUGUGUUGUAGUCAUCAAGUUAUGUGUGUAUGUGUCAGAGUAUUUCAAAUUUCAUUACAAUGUCUAAUUCACUCCAUUGAAUUGUAUGUUUAGUUCAUGAGCAGUGUGCUUAGCAGCUUAGGUCAUUGAUUUCUAUGCUAUGUGUGUCAAACAUUCUCUCCCUUGCUGUUUGCUAAGCUACAAAUACAAUCUCUUGAUCUAUGGAACCUUUUUUUUUUGGUCAUCAUAGAAUAAAAUAAAUGGCAACAAAUACUUCA